AGUAGCAUUUAGUGGUUUUGUGAAUAAAAAGCCAAUGUCAGACAUUGUUUCCAUUAUUGGUGAUCAAGUUCAUCUCCUCAAGCUCCCGCUAGAUUUGUGCAAAGGAAGUAGUCAUUUCACAGAAUUAAAUGUUAUUCCACGCAAAACAAUAAAUAUAAAUUUAUUAAUCUCUAAAACUAUAAAACGAUAUCGUGAAAUAGCUUUUAAAUGCAUGCUGUAAAAAUUCUACUAACGUUGCUCAUACGCUCCGUCGCCCACUAGUGGAAAUUUCCCGCUUUUUGUUGCUGUGAAACCCCAGUAAAGGCAGGUGUCAAGCACUACUGGCAUGUGUGUGGGUGGCUCGACCUACUGGAACCAUAAAUCAUAGAGAAAUACAACGUAACCUACAUAUACUCAAAUACUAGGAAAUUGAAUUUUUACUUUAGUAAGCAAAAAGCGAAGGCAGUAGUACGAGCGUCGAAAUGAGCAGCAACUUUGGUCUGUUGUCGAUGAAUGGCAGAGUCAGCCAGCGGAAACUGAAAUUGUAAUGUGGUAACUAACCGAAAUUGCCAACAGGAAUUGCCACUACACGACCGAAACGUAUACACAAACUUUUCUUGGCAACAAAGUGUGGCAAGUACACCGGCACUCCUGCAAACAGUGGCAUACACAUACACGGCGGUUGAAAAGUUAACGAGUUGGUUAUUGUUGUAACAACGUCAGUGAGUGCAUAUGUGCAGUUGGCAUUACAAAGUUGGCAAACAAAAUGAAAGAACUAACUGAGCACAGCAACAAAGCGAGUGUGUGCAAAUAAGAUGUGAGUGGAAGUGCUGAGUGUUUGCGGCUUUUGUCACUCACAAGUGUCGCGGUUGUGUCAAAUAACUCGCUGCGAGCGCAAGUGUUGUAAGUUCUAUGCGAAAGUAGCAAGAAAUCUGUGUUGUAUUAUAAGUUGUCUGACAGCCGUUUCGACAGUGUAGGGCGCUCAUAUGAGCAAAAGUAUGCGAGCAGUCAGAAUUCUUUUAAAAAAGCUACAUAAAAACAAUAGUAAGAGACAUAAGUUUUCUUCAGUGGCAUGUGGCAAGCACAACAUAUACUACGAAAAUAUAUGCACGCACAUAUAAUUAAGCUUAUAAAUUCUGCUUAAUCGCGCACAAGUGGCAACUCCCCGAGCAACCAUAAAUUACGAGAGCUGGGUCACUGUGGCGUGAAAUUUAAUAACGGUAACGCCGGCAACGAGUCAUAAACAAAGGUGUCUUUACACUAUUACAAAUAUACGCACAUACUCACACACCCUGACAUAUACUUUAACUUAAAGCACAGCAUGGAGUCAUUCAUACGCGAGUAUGCGGUGCGCAGCAUCCUGCCACAUUUGCACAACUCCGGCGGCGCACUGCAACGCUACGUGCGCUAUGUCGUCGAAGACGCGGUCGCAAGUAUGCCAAGCAGCGACAGCGCUGGCAGCGGCCGCAGCCACAACCACAGCCUACUUUCCGGCCUAACCAAGGACAGCGGCGAUAGCGCCGAGAGCGCCAAUGACUAUUACUUUAUUACAUCGGCAUCCGCACAGCAAUUGCUCAACGACAGUGAGAGUGUCGUGGCGGCGACUACCGCAACAUCCGCGGAGCUGGUGGCACGGUCGCCGCUCGCGUACAACGAAAGCAGCUACGCCAUCGCUGAAAGUGCUUCGGUGCAGGUGUUAUCAACGCUUACUGCGACUAUGAGAGCUAUUGGCGAGUUCGCGACCAACUCGGCAACGGCUGCUGUGACCGCAACGACAGCGGCGGCUGGCGAGCUGAAUAUGACCGCCGAAAUGUGUGAUGACUCAGCUGAGGAUGUGUCUGCGCUGUCGACGGCCUACUUUAAGACCAUCGUCUAUCUGUUGUACAUUCCGAUAUUUAUAUUUGCGCUGCUGGGCAACGGCACCGUGUGCUAUAUUGUGCAGUCGACGCCGCGCAUGCGCACCGUUACCAAUUAUUUUAUAGCCAAUUUGGCGGUCGGCGAUAUUUUAAUGUCGCUCUUUUGUGUGCCCUUUUCGUUUGUGUCCAUUUUCAUUUUGAAACAUUGGCCUUUCGGCACGGUGCUGUGUAAUUUGGUGAAUUACUCGCAGGCGGUGUCGGUGUUGGUGAGCGCGUACACGCUGGUCGCCAUUAGUAUUGAUCGUUAUUUGGCGAUUAUGCGGCCACUGCGACCGCGUAUAACGAAAAGACUUGCAAAGUUCAUCAUAGCAGGCGUUUGGACAAUUGCCUUAGCAACGGCGCUGCCCAUAUUAAUUGUAUCCAAGCUAUCGCAACCGGAGACGUGGUUCAUCGAGUGUAAGAAGUACAUUUGUCACGAGGAGUGGCCUUCCAACACACAAAACUACUAUUAUACUUUAGCGCUGCUGGCACUGCAAUUCAUCGUCCCUUUGAUAGUGCUCAUCUUCACCUACACACGCAUCGCGUGUGCGGUCUGGGGCAAACGACCGCCCGGCGAGGCGGAGAACUCACGCGAUCAACGUAUGGCGCGUUCCAAGCGAAAGAUGAUUAAGAUGAUGGUGAUGGUUGUUAUCGUCUUCACCAUGUGUUGGCUGCCAUUCAACGUGCUGGUGAUUCUACUCAACGAUGAUGCCUUUAAAAUCUGGGAGCCGUUGCCAUACUUCUGGUUUGCAUUCCACUGGCUGGCCAUGUCGCAUAGCUGCUACAAUCCGAUCAUCUACUGCUAUAUGAAUGCGCGUUUUCGCGGUGGUUUCCUGCAGAUUAUUUACCGUGUGCCAGGUUUGCGACGUUGUUGUUGCCUGCGUCGUUAUUUGCAGAAUCGUGGCGAACGAAAUUACGAUGCUACCGGUGAGAUGACCUUCAAAUUCAAUGCUGGUAAUGGUGGAGGUCUGUUGAGGAAACCUAAAAUACGCAUUAGAUGA